AUGCAAAAACAAGAGGAAGAGAAGCAAAUUGCCGAAUCAUUCGAGGCAGAGCUUGCUUCUAUCAAAGAGAAAGGAAAGGAUUUGAAAGGCACAGAGCGUGAUUUUUACACUUCAAUCGUUCAACGCCUUGAAAAUAAUGAUCAAGUCCUUCAAGACCUUCGUAAAGAGCACACACAGCUUCGUGAAGAGCUUUCUCGUCUUACUAAAGAGAAACGUCAGCGUACUCGCGAUCCAGAUUUAGCACAAGAUAUCAAGAGAACAACGCAUUCAGUUAACUUGCUGAAGAAGCAGAUCGAUAAGUUCAAACAUCAAAAGCAACAAGCAAUUAACCGUCAAACAGAACUUCAAGUUCAAUAUCAAAACUUAACUGGUGGAGAAGGCCCAAAGGACACUACUUCAGAGCGUCUCGUUUCUCUUAAGAAUAAGCUUGAUAACGCUGAAAUUAAGAAUCAAGAGACUCUUCACCUCAUGAAAGUUUAUGAUGCGAUUGUCUAUCAAUUACAACGUCAGAAGAUGCGCUGGAACAGUAUCAUCGAAGCCGAGAAAAAGGAAAUCGAGCAGAAAAAGAGAGAUCUUGCAGAUCUCGAGCUAAUUGCAAGAGAUUCAGUUCAUUCAAAGAACGCCGCCGAAAUGGAGUACUCUCGUUUACAAGCUAAAUACGCUGCUAAACGCGAAAAGCGAAACCAGCAAAUCCAGGCUAAAACAGCCCAAGUUCAGCAACAUAUGCACGUUCCUAUCUCAGAAGACAGCGGAAACGACAGCCGACCAAAAGGCAACCAGUCACUCAACUCUCAGCCAUCUGCAGUUAGAAAUCGCAACAACAGAGCUCAAAGAGAAAAGAAAGACGAAAAAUUCAGAGCAGUUAGCUCCAAAUACGACCAAGUCCGCGAAUACUUUGGUACAAAUGAUCCAGAUGAGAUCAAGAAGUUCUUCGACGAUAGAAAACAAAACGCAGAAACCCUUAAAAAACAAAUUGAAGAUCUCAAAGCCGCAAACGCCGAAUUGGAGAAACAAGUAGCACAAAGGAAGUCAGCAAUUGACGAAGCAGAGUACUCUUCUCAUAAAGGAGUUGGCGCAAACAGAUUAUUGAACGAAGCCAAGAAGAUGCUGCUCAAAUCCAAGGAAGACCUGGCUGAAAGUGAAAAGGAAAUGUUCUCUCAACAGAAUUUCAAGGAAAAUGUAGAGAGCGGCAUUUAUCAUUUGGCAGAUGAGAUGCAACUUGUUCAGAAAGAGCCACUGAAGGUCAACAACACAGGAGAACGCCUUGAUUGGAUUAUCCAAACAAUUACAAAGAUCAAAGGAUCACUUGAAGACGAAGAUUUCGUUUUCAUGACAAUUUGCAAUGCACAAGUCGUUGCUCAGAAGAUACAGGCUGAGAAUAACCUCGAUAUCAGAGAAACUGAGAGCUCUAAGAGGCAGCCAAAGGCAAGACCAGGUGAAAUGUUACGUGGAAGACAACAAAAGGCUGAUAAAGGUGAAUUCGUUAGCCGUGUUAUGGACAGAAAUGCAAUUAAGGCAUUGGCGCAGAGAACUGCUCAAGCUAAAGCAGAAGCUGCAGCUAAAGCUCGCAAACAAUAA